UGAGUGGAUUGCAAUGCAGUACAUUUCAGUGCUAAGAAUACCAGAAGCAGGGACUUUUCGUGCUAUCUUUUCACUCAGUAAUGUAUUGAAUUAAUCGAGGUCGAUAUCAUUUGUUUAUUAUGUCACUGAAGUUGUUCUGGAGUUUCCGAAUUCGGUUUUCUUUUUUUUUUUGUUACACAUAUUAGCACCGCCCACCUGUGUAUCCUGUCAUUCUCGUUUGCCUAAUUCACUCUCAGUAAAAAGCAUCGCAUUGUGUAAAAUUCUCUUCACUACCGCAAAGGGCAGUGGUGUAGCAUGAACUAAACUCGGCUCGCUGAUGGUUUUUAUUGUAACUUGUUUUCCCCUCCACUUCUCAAAGCAAACGUUCUUUUAAUUUCGUUUUCAUGAAGUGAAACUUUCUUUUGAUCUGAACGCACAACUGCUGAAGAACUAAACAGGACAAGAACUGGCAGGCUGGUGGAUUGGACAGCAGCACACACACACAAGCCAGGAACAGCCGCAGUUACACUCACUACAGUCGAUCACGACACAAACAGCACCUGGGUUAAAGUUCCUCUUGGGCUUUGUCAUCUGCAAGACAUACAGAGGAUGGAAAAGCCAUGUCCUGGAUUUGUGAUCUUCUUUCUGUUCGCUAGUGCCAGCGGCCUGCAGCUCUGCAAGCAAUGGGAGGAUGGUAGAAACGGAGAGGUGUGUUGUAACGCCUGUGAAUCCGGUGCCUACAUGGACAAGAAGUGUGGGAAAGAGCAGAGUCAGCUGUGCAGGCCCUGCAUACAGGGCUCCUUCAACACAGAUCCCACCAAGAAACAGUGCGCCCCCUGCAGGACCUGCCAAGGUAAACUGAAGAUAGACAAGCCCUGCACGAAUGUAACAGAUACAAAGUGCACUUGUAUCGAGGGCUACCGGUGUGUCAGUGAUAACUGUGAGAGAUGUGCCAAGGUGUGCCAGCAAGGAGAGGAGCCCACGGACACAGGGGACUGCCGGCCGUGCCCUUCAGGCAAGUUCAACUCCGAGAAGAAUGGGCAGUGUAAUCCCUGGAGAGCAGAAUGCCCCCCGGGAGAGGUCAUAUGUACCAACGGCACGGCAGAAAAGGAUAUCGAGUGCGAGCCCAUCCCCGCAGAUGCAGGCGCGAACGUCACUGUGAUCGUCGUUGUUAUUGGCUCCACGUUCCUGGCCACGGCUGCCAUGUUUAGGCUGUACGCGGUCAAAGUGGCUGGGAAGAAAAAGGAGAAAGUGGCAGAGCCAGAGGCCAGGACUCGAGUGAUUCAGGUGGCCCAGGUGGAGGAGGACGCCUGCAGCUGCCGCUACCCAGAGGAGGAGCAGGGAGGCUGGGAUGAAUCGGAGGAGCUGGACAGCAAGCUCAUGGAGGUGUGAGAGCGCGCAGACGGAGAGACUCCCUGCAGAGUCACAGAGCACAACACUGACUUAGCUAAACAGCAUCCAGCGCUAACACAGGGCCCAGAAUCAGCUGUCGCUGAUUGCUCUGUUCACUUCUACUGCAGGGGGCGCAAACACAUGAUGGUGUGUGUGUGUGUGUGUGUGUGUGUGUGUGUGUGUGUGUGUGUGUGUGUGUGUGUGUGUGUGUCUGCAGCAGGUCACAAUGUUAUUGCUAAGAAUGGUGUUGCAGGGCACACUGUAAGAACUUCUUUAUAAAUUCAGCCAGAGCAGUGCUUGAUGAUAGCAGGGCUCAUGCUGUGACAGGACGCAGAGCAAAGAACCGCGUGAGAGUGUCUGAGUGCUUUACAUCAGUAUGACUGCAUGAGGGAUGGCAAUAAGAAUCCGACUGCAUAGCUGUUUCACCCGUUCCAGGUUUUAAUGCAAGCUUGAUUAGCCACAGUGUAUAAAGAACAAGCUUAGGUGUGUCUUAUUAAACUCGCAGUAAACCAGGAUCAAACUGCUCUGCAAUGGGAGUCUUAUUUCCAGCCCCUGAGAUGGUGGUCACUGGCUAGACUUCGUUAGACAUGAAUACCUUUCUGUUUAGUGCUUUAUUACAACCUUUUACUUGAAACUUUCCCGUCGUCAUUCGAGGGCAUUUAAAAAGGAAUCCACGAACCUGUCCGCUACACCCUGAAACCAGGCAGCAAACAGGAGUGAGGAUUUCAUCUCUUACCUGUGAAAUAUCCCGCGGCGUGCGUUCCACUGGGUCACUGCUGCUUGCGUCGUUAUUUCCCCCAAGCUUGCAAACUAUUCCUGCAAA